AUGGUUUGGGGGCAAGUCCCCAGGUGCCGCAGGCUUUGUCGCCCCCGUCCCUUGCUUCUGGCCUUAGUGGUGGCCAUCUGUCUCUUCUGCCAGACCCUGACUCCUCUCAUGAGCAGCAGCAUCCUUUCGGCAGUCGUUAAUGGGAUUGCACCCAGCAAACUGACUAAAACACAGCAAGGAAGAUACAAGGAGGUCCCCCCAAGCGGCACUCGCUGCUUCCUCCCUGGCAGUAAUUCACAGACAGUGAAGAAGAUCGAUGACUCCAUGCUCAAGUACUUUGGAAGCCACACGAGAAGAGCAAUUCUGUUCGCACCUCCUGCCCACCGGGAAACUGACCUUCAGCUCUGUCAGCGCAUCCUGGCAAAACACGGAUAUACAGUCACAGUCCUUCGAAACAGGAGACUGAUGGAAGAUCCCAGGCAUGCGGGCCCUUAUCACAGUGGUAUAACUCCUUGGGAUCUGUUGAUCUGCUUAUCUUCCAGAAAAAAUAAUGGUCCUGGCUGCAUCCAAAUAGGUGACUUGCAUCACCUCGAGUUAUUCCAGAAGGUAAAUGUACUUCCAGAAAUCCAGCAAUUCCUUUGCAGAAAAGAGGGAUUAUGCCAGAUAACAAGAGCCUUUCCAGACCUGCAGCUCCCAGUUGUCACCCCUGAGUGCUCCAGCCAGCCUGGGCUGUCAAGGGCCAACAAUACAAGCAACAUGUCCCAGGACAGUGAAAGCACUUACAAGACACAUACUGACCAUCUGCAGCACUGGUGGAAGCAGAGGACGAGCUCACAGCUGAAUGAAGUAUCAGCUUCACCAGACCACAAGAAUAUCCUUAAAGCUCAAGACCUUUCUGUCAUCAUCAAAGCAUAUGUACUUGUGACAUCCUUAACACCUCUGCGGGCAUUCAUUUAUUCAACCGCCACUGUCUGGCAUCCACCCAAGAAGAAGCACUUUUCCAUAAAGCUGCAGAAGUUUUUUGAGAUAUUCUUCAGAAAGAGUUCUCCCCAGCAAGCCUUCAACAACAUGAAAGAAUCUAUAAGCAAACUUCUACUUGUAACUGAGGUCUUCAGUGAAUCAUCUGCCUCAGGACCAAAUUCUUUAAAUCACUGCAGCCAGUGUUUUCAAAUGUUAACCUUUGACAUUGGAUUCAGCACCUCCAUAUAUCCAGUAGUUCUCAAGGUGCAUGAAAACUUUGACUUUCAAGAUGAAGAUGAAUCAAAUAUUCAAGACAAAACUUUCAAAGAAUUUCUUUUUGAAGAUACUUUUAAGUUUCUCUUUUCUAAUGAAUCGUCAACAUCCAGUUUCAUGGAAGCUUUACAAAAAAUAUACGGAUCAACUGUGAACAAGGAUGGAACUUACCACAGAGAAGAUGAGCAAUGUUUGUCUUUAGAAGAGAUAAAUUCAAUUAUUACUUUUAUGAAGGAGCUGAAGAGUCUCGGACAAUUUGAGCUGCUUUUCCCUUCUGCUGCACCCAGGAUUCAAACUUUAUUACGUGACCUUUAUCACAUGGUAGACCCGAUGAGGCGGCUUGGUUCAGUCCUGACUGUGCAUUGGUUGCUUUCCAGUUUACUUGAACAAUUCCAGUUCAUGACUAAAGAGGCACAUACAAGUCUUUCACAAUGGAGAAGCAAGAAGAACUCUAGCAACUCAUCUCAAACUAUAAUGAAAUGGUUACAGCCUAGGAAUUCUCCCCAAGAAAAUGCAAGUCCUAAGCAGAAUAUUCCUUUUGACUUCAAGAAGAAUCAUGAAGCAUUACUUUAUUCCAGUAAGACUAAAGAAAGACAAUGCAGUUAUGAUAAAGAUACCCUAUCUCAUAUCAGGCAGAUCUUCACCAGUCCACAGCUGGACUUGAAUCCUCACUUUAACCCAAAGAUCAAAGAAUACUAUGCAGAAGUCCCAUUCGACAUGGUGACAGUGAAGAUAGGAGCAGAACCCUCUAACUGUCAAUGCCAAGUACACCUUGAUGAGAAGAAAGGGCCAAGCUUUGCUAACUAUCCCCUGGGCCUUGGGUUGAACAAAGUCAUCAUUCUCGUAACAGAUGGUUCGCAGCCCAGCCCUCAGGUUGUGAGCAGCUACAAAAUCACAAUUUAUCGAGAGGACCGCCCUAGUCUGCCUUUGUUUGAUGACUAUAUGAUGUGUGGGUUUGUCCAGGACUGUGGUUCUCGAAUUCGUCCAGAGGAGUCUUGUGGCUUGCAGCCUCUGUCUCAUGAAUACCUCUCAGCAAUUUCACAGACGGUGUUUAAGACCUGUGAAGCUGGAGACACAAAAGGGCAGUGGAUUGUCCCUUGCCUCAGCUGCUCUGACAACAGGACCUGCGACUGGAGAGCAAUAACGUGGCAGCCCCACGGCUGCCGACACUCUGUGCUGGCCAAGCCUGAGCUCCAGCGCUGCGUGGAGGGCAGGAGGAUCCUUUUUAUAGGUGACUCCACAAACAGAGGGAUGAUGUACUAUCUGAUAGAAAGAGUGAAUAAGACUCUUCAGGAAUGGCAAAAGACUCACGAUGUGAAAUGUUAUCAUAACAUCAAUGAAGGGAAAACAUUUAUCAGUUACUCCUACUACCCCCAGUUUUGGAUGAAUGCAAGCCAGAGACCAACUUUUGAAAAAGCACUAGAACAACUGCUGCACAGAUCACGUCCCCUGGAGAACACAGACCAGACCGUAUUAAUUGUAGGUGGUGUUCAGUGGCUUAAUUCUAAUCACCUGCAAAUUAUCCAAAAGGUGUUGAACAGGGAAAAUCUAUCAAAUAUCCUAGUAAUUAUAAAAUCCAUAGGAAUGGGUUUUCACCUCCCAGUGGAUGGAAUACAUUCUCUAUCACAGGCAGAAGUGCAAAACUUGUGGAAUGAAAACUUGGUCAUUCUGGAUACAGCAAAAAAUUUUGGCUACGAAGUUGUUGACACCUUUGUCAUCACCAUGGGACGUUACAAAGAAUUCCUGCAAGGGAAGUGUGGCUGCCAUUUCCAUGAGGUGGUGAAAUCCAAUCCCUCUGAAGAAAGUCCUCAGAGAACAAUGACGUUAUCAAGGCACUAUACACUGGGGAAAUAUUUCAGCAGUCAAAGCAAACCAUCACAACCGCAGGACUCUGCAGCAGAUUCCCAGUCCCCAUAUCAUGUCCGAGGUCCAAUAAAUCAAGUGUAUUCUGAAAUCCUUCUCAGCAGGCUCUGUGCAAGUAAGAGGGAUCUUGUUAGCACAUAG